GGCCAGCGCAAGCCGACUCCGGGACAGCGCCGCUCGAGAGGCCCAAGCCAACAACAUCGACCAGACGCGGCUGCAACAUGCAGUCACCCGAGCGGAUACCCUGUUUGCGGGACACGUAGCCCUGGACGGCACCAAAGUUGUUGAGCGUCACCGCUUCGCAGCCCGGAAGGCCAAGCUCCAACACCGCUACGUCACCACCACUGGCAGCGUGGGGUGCCCCCAGGCUUUGGAGACAAUUGGCGCCGUGCACUUUGCCCCCGCGGCAAGGCUGCAUCAGGGUCCGGUGUACCAGACCCAACCCAUUUUCAUAAGGCCGGACAAGACGACGUACAAGGGCCCCUACCAGCCGGCUCCCUACCGUCCGCCCCAGCUUUUUCCCAAGUACCCGCAGUACCGUCAGCCGUACCCUCAGCAGUACCAGCAACAGCCGUUCCGGAAGCUGACCUGGAAGUCCAACAACUACUACGAGCCCCUGAACUAG